GGUUCCGAUAGGGUUCUGGGCGGAUAGGGAAGAACCUGUAUACGAAAGGAACGAUAUUGAGUUCAUUGCAAAUGUCUUGAAGCCGAGCUUGACGCCGUAGGGAUACCAUUGAUUAGGUCAUGGCAAACAUCAAACGAUGAACGGAAAUCUGAAAAUCCUACGAUCACUGAUUAAUGAGAUUCGUCACAUAGCGAAGGAGAAGAAAAUGAAGGACAAUAUUAUGGUUCAGUAUAUAUUGGAGGAAGCGAGAAAACACAGAGAGACUUCGGAAGUGCUGUGUAAGGCGAGGGAGGAGCUGAAAAGCAUGGGAGAGAACUACCUUUGCUAUUUAGAAUCCCAGAGAAAGUAUAAUGAAAUCAGAACUCAGUAUGCCGGUAAAGGUGACAGAAGUGUUAAGGAAACUGCUGACUUAGUGGGAUUCAAGCUUCCCCACGAUCCAAAAUGAUUUAGAAGCUGGAUUUGUAAAUAACGAUGAAGUAGUAGUAAAUGUAAAAAUGUUUAUUUCAUAACAACGUGUAAGAAAAAAGAAAAAAGGUGAAAUAGCAACGUCGAUAUGUAUCGCAAAAUAUUCGGCUCAUUUGUUAAAAUCUUUGACACCUGUUAUACAUAUUUUUUUCUCUUUUCACUCAAGAGUAUUGCUGGCGGAUCGCUUUUGCUAUUGUCGACAACUGCAUGUUGCUUGUUCCCUCGUAUAUUGUGCCAAUUUUACAAUCUCUGAAGAAUUUCUCCUGUGGGAAAUCAGUCGUGUAUCCAACGCCCCCCAUGAAAUCUAUGCAUUUAGCAGUCACCCUAACUGCGGUUUCUGUAAUACAAACAUUCAUUAUAGCCAAAACUCGAGCUUUAGUCUCGCUGACCACAGAACCGAUACGAAUUUUCUCACCAGAUGCAACUAGCUUCGCCAUCGCGGCUUCCUUUGCAAAUGGCUUCUUUGCCUCCACCAGACGUGCUGCGUUGUAAACGAGCAAUCUUGCACUCUCAACCUCCGUCACUGCUUGUGCAAUCUGGUGCUGCAU